CAGUCGUUGGAGAACCAACCAACAAUGAUGGUGAUGACUCGGAAGGCACCUGACAUUACCUGGGGACAGCUAAAGAAAUUGAAUCAACAAGCAUCUAUCCGGCUUCCCGCCGUGGAAGCCCCUGCAACUGCAGACAAUCGGUUUCUUACAUAUCUGGCGGUAAUUGGGGAAACUUCUGAGAAAGUAAGACAGACAUGGAUGUUGGGGUGGCGGGCACUUGCAGAUGGCUCUGUGCUGCCACCCGACGCAUCUAUGACCAGGGAAGAAUCAUGGAAGCUUACCUUGCACUGGAUGACCAGCACGCUGUAAGAAUUAAAGAAGGGGGGGAUAUGGGGGGUGCA